AUGAUACCGCCAGACGACAUAGAAAGAUUGGCGCUCCCUUACUUGGCUAUGCUGCGGUCACAACGAUCGUGGAUGGCAUCCUUUGCCAUCCUGGGCGCUCUGAUAGCCCAGCUGCCGGCGGUUUUCUGCCAGACAACAUCAACAAGCGAGGAACCAUACUGGACCAUUACAAGCUACCGGAUCGAGUCUGUUAGCACGUCGUACUUCACCUACGACGGAACUGUGUUCACUGCCACGUACGGCCGCAUGUAUGAAAUUGCUCCCACUGCGACCCCGACAGCGUCACCAACGUCGACGACGACUUGGAGCUACAGCGACUAUCUCAUUAAAACAUUAUACCUCCCUCCUGGUGCCGUCCCGGAAUCCGACAUUGUCAAGUCGAGCACUUACACAGCUGGCGACAACAGAGUCACAGACUUCGUUGUCGAAGUCACCUACACUGCUCCAUCAUCCUGUCCCACCCAGUUUGCCAUCACAACUCUUACCGAGGUUUACAUCCCAAUAGCCGUCAGGCCUCAUUUGACUCCUACGAAGACAGUCACCGAGUCUGGAUAUAUCACAGUCGUUAGCGCGUACCUUAACCCCACUGACGUGCCACCUAAAGAACUCAAUCCCACCAACGACUGGAAAUACACGAAGUACAUCGAGCAAUGUAGCCUUCCACCGGCAUUCCAGACAGGUACGAGCAGCUCUGACGGCGGUAGUAGUGGCAGCAGCAGCAGUGGUGGUGGCUGGCGCAGUGGCACCACAACUCAGGUUUGCUCGGUUCUCACUGGUUGCACAACUCUGCGCACUUGGAUCAUAGUGGUGGCCACUCUCAUCCCAGCUCUGUUCCUUCUGGGAUUUGUCGAGUCGUUCCUCUGGUUCCGCCGCUUGAUGCUCGGAAAGUCUGCACUUCGUCUGGGCACGGUCUGCUGGUGUUUGAUCUCUCUGUGGUUCAUCCUGCUCACUCGCAAGCAGAGUGCUCGGAGCGCCCAGGACCAGGCAGUUCUCAAGGAGAAGUGGGCUGCCCUCACUUUCGGGCAGAAGAUCAAGUAUUGGUUCAAGUGGGGCUUCCGGCAUCGCUACCCAGUUGACCUCCUUGGUGAUCCGGACGCCCCGGCGGCUCCCCCAGCCGAUGCUACGGGUGCCGUUCCUCAUCCUUCCGGUCCUGGCGCGCCGCCAACCCCCAGCAUGAAUGGUGAGAAGUUCGACAACCAGACUCCUCCUCCGCAAUCUCAGAACAUGUAUAUGCCGCCGCCUUACAGCCAACACCCUCACAUGCAACCCGGCCAGUCAUACCCCCCUCCGCAGCCGGGCCAGCUGUAUCCAACUCCCUACCAAGGUGCUCCUCCUCAGGACUAUGCAGCUGUCACGGUUCAGGGAUACUGGGCGCCGGCGACGCAGCCAGGACAGCCGAUGAUUCCUCCGGUCGCCGAGAUGCCGGGCUCUUCGACCCAGCCGUCUGAGCUUGAUGGGCAACAGCAACAAUGGUCCCAGCCACCAUGCGCUUUGGGCCCGUCUUCUGCGCCAACAGGUGUUGGCACCAUGGCUGUGUCACCUAUUAGCCAGCCGACCCCGUCGCCCCCGGUAGGCCAGCCUGGCUACUUUGCUCCUCCGCCGCCUCCUGGACAACAGGGCCAGCAGGGUCAAGGUUCCCAGUGA